GCUGGAAGGUCCUUUGUGGAGCUCCAGUCCGGGUUUUGCAACAGUCACAAUAUUUUGGCUGGAUAUUGUCUUAGGAGGUGGUACUAGUGGGGUGGAAUUCCCUCAUGCAGGAGUUUGCACUGGAUGCCUUUACAAAGCUGGAUACUCUGGUAAUAAUAAUAAUAAAAAGCCCCUACCCAGUGCACGGGGACGGAGUCUACGCAUUGAGACCAGGAUUUAUUAAUGUGCAAAUUGCUGUGAUAUGAUCACAUACUUUCUGCUUUGCAUACGCAGGAGCAGCGUGGGCUGAUGGAGUAGGAACUAGCCUGAGCGAUCUUUACGAGCUGAGAUCCUGCACAUCGCAGAAGGGUUUGUUUCUCUGAGCAAAACCUGGGACCCUGUUAGAGACCUGCUUUAAAAAACUGAGUGAUCAAAACAUCCAAAUGCACCAGACUUCUCCAUGAACUCGCCAUGAAUAUAUUUUUCAUUUUUUUUUGACAGAAACGUGUGUGUAACUUUUCUCUGGAGGAACUGAGGAAUUUUGUAGUUGGUCUUAUAGUAUUUUAAAUCUGAGAACCCAGUAGAAUCUUUUCCGCAGUGAUGAGGGAGUGACAAUUUGGAGUUCCUGCCAGCGUACCUGGAAACCGCGAGCAGCUCACACCCGCUGCCGAGCCCCCGAUGGGACUAGGGCCAAACUCCUGCACUCCUGACGGGGAUGAAGGUAGAGCCAUGUUACCUGCUACCUAAGCUCGCUGGUGCUGAUGUGGUUUGUGGAUAUGGUCCCACACCCGGCUCUGUGCACAGACUCUCAGCUCUGAUCCCAACCUGAGACGAUUUAGCAGCAGCAGAGACCCCAGCUGUGGAGCACGCUCCCCCAACCACCCCACGACGGAGGGGCUGCAGCGCUGGAGAGUUACUAUGCAGCUUGGACUGCUUGUGGUGGUGGUUUUUCUAAGCUCGAUGGAUCUAUCAGGCAGCAGCAAAGUGGUGAAGGGCAAGAGGCAAAGACGAAUCAGCACUGAGCUCAGUCAGGGCUGUGCCAGAGGCUGCGACCUGUGCUCUGAGUUCAAUGGGUGCCUGAGGUGCUCCCCCAAACUCUUCAUCCUUCUGGAGCGGAACGACAUCCGACAAAUCGGGAUUUGCCUGCCUUCUUGUCCACUGGGAUACUUUGGCCUUCGCAAUACGGACAUGAACAAGUGCAUCAAAUGCAAAAUUGAGAACUGUGAGUCCUGUUUCAGUCGAAACUUUUGCACAAAAUGUAAGGAAGGUUUGUAUUUGCACAAAGGGAGAUGCUACGUCACGUGCCCUGAAGGCUACGCUGCUGCCAACGGCACCAUGGAGUGCAGCAGCCCUGCACAAUGUGAAAUGAGUGAGUGGGGGCCAUGGGGGCCCUGCUCCAAGAAAAGGAAGCUCUGUGGCUUCAAGAAGGGCAAUGAAGAACGAACACGGCGAAUUCUGCAKGCUCCCUCUGGGGAUGUGUCUCUGUGUCCUCCAACCACAGAGGUGCGGCGAUGCACCGUGCAGAAGAGCCAAUGCCCUGAAGGCAAAAGGAAGAAAAAGGAAGACCAAGGAAAGCAAGAUAAUGGGAACAGAAAUCGGAAAGACACCAAAGACACCAAGUCUGGCACCAAGAAGAGGAAGAACAAACAGAGAGGGGCCACGGUGCCCAUGACGCCUGCUAGCCCUGCCCAGUAGCUGGCCCUGUGCAUCAGCUGAUGGCAAGAUUCCAUUGCUGCUAUGUAUAUGAGAGCUUUAUUGAACAGAGCACUGCUACACCACGUACACAUGUCCAGAGACAGACAUAUACUCMAGACUGACCCACGGACCGACAGAGGCCACACACACACAGUACUCGAGGAGGCUGCACACACACCCCGCCCAGGACUGCAGAACGAUGCUGCUGAGGAGUGGGAACACACACGGAGGCAAAGCCCACAGCCCCAGGGCUCUGUGGGGACACUGCAGGGAGGAGAGGUGGAGCAUGAGCCAGUGAAGGACAUGGGAUUGAUUUCAUGGUCAAAGGCAUCAGCUGGAGCCCAGGCACGUGGCCCCAGUGCAGCCCCACUCAGCCAGAGGAUGAGACUGGACCCACAUGGCCACUCUCCCUGACCUGGGCUCAGACACACAUGGCAGUGGCCUCUUUCUCUUCCCCCACCCCUUAUYUUGUGUUUUAAGCUGUAUGACUUUAUCAUUGCGAAUACAUGUUAAAAGUUUGUGGUAAGAGGUCAGUGGUAUCUACCCUGAAUCUGCUUCAAAGAAUUAUUUCAAAUUUAAAAAAAAAAAACAAACAAAAAAACAAAAAACAAAACCAAAAUCAAAAUGACAACCAGCUUCCUGAGUGUGUGGUUCAUACCUUGGCCCCUAUGGAGGCUGGUGUCCCACAGGACAGAGACUCACUUGUGGAAGGGAAACUCACCAAAGCUUUAAGAAAAUCCCAGAAAAUGCUGCACUGCAGCCACAAAUCCUGCGCUUGAGACCCCAGCUGCACCCCGCCGAGCCCCGAGGGAUUCCCCACUGAAGGAUCCACUUAACACACAGCAGAUUGAGAAAAUGAGAGGUUACAACAAACCGCAGGUUGCUGAAACAUUGUGGCUCUGCUCAGAAAUCCCAGCUGUGGGACCAUCCCGGGCUGGGGACAGCCGGUCCAGCUGCCGGACACCACCCCGGCRUGUGGCAGGAGGGAGGCAGGAGGGAGGGGGAAAGCACAGCUCAGGCCCUGCACAAGAGAAACAAAUUUUAACUUGGGUAGAAACUACUUGUCUGCAUCCRACUGGCUGGAAUUCCAUGGAUUCUCCUGCUGGGCAAGAGCCGACACCUGAGCAGAGGAACCGGGACAAGGACUGUGCAAGACAGACCGAGCAAACCCUGCAUGGGAAUGUUGCCUGCUCUGCUCAGGCAGUUCUGCCUUUGGUAGUGUCACAGGUUGU